AUGCCUUCGGAUAACCACAUCAAAGCGGGCUUGUCUCUCAUCGAGGACAAGUCCAAGGUCCUUGGCUUGACCAUUGGCAGCCAUGAGAACGUGCAGCCAGGAACAUGGCUCCCCCGCAAAGGUACGGACCAGUCAAUCCCCAUCCUUUUCCCUUCUCUCUCCCCCAAGUCGGAGACAGGCAAACGAAAAGAAAAGGAACUGACAAAAGCCACAGCAGCUCAAGAGCCCCCGAAGCUCUCCUUCCCUGGCGCCAACCCCACCAGCACCUACCUGGUUGUGAGCUUGGACAUUGACGCACCUUUCCCUUCCUUCGGCGUCCUGGGCCCCAUCCUUCACUGGAUACAGUCCGAUAUCAAGGUCACCAGUGAGGGUACGUUGGAGUUCGAUGCGCCCUUCGUCGCCAAUUACAUUGGCCCUACUCCCCCUCCUAUGAGCGCACCCCAUAGGUACAUCUUUUUCCUGUACGAACAGCCUGCAGACUUUGAUCUCACGGCCCAUGCACCUGCUGGUGGCAAGAAGCUUAGCAAUUCGAAUCGCAUGCGGUACGAUCUUGAUGCUUGGGCAGAGGAGGUCAAGCUUGGUCCUGUUGUGGCUUUCAACUAUUUUACCUGCAACUAG